GAGGAGCACACGUGAGGAAGGCGUGCAGAGGGGUUGCACAGUGUCUUUUCCCGGCACGUGCAUGUUAUGUAACACAGUGAGACAGAAACGCUCGUGAUCCUUCCUGUUGUAACAGCCUGUAGAGGGACCAUAUAUGGUCAUUCAGGUGUGACUGCAGGUGAUCUGUAGAGCAGAGACAGACAGACAUAACGGAGACACACAGCAAAGAGCAGCGUCUCACAGAGGAAGACAAAGUAGAGAGGACUGAUGGAUCACAGGAACAGGGCGGUUCUGGUCUCUGUGGAGCAGUUUGACCCAGGAGUGACUCUAGGAAGGAGACCCGGAGCAGGUAAAGACACCAAGACCCUCCACCGGACCCUCAGCAAGCUGGGCUUUAAGGUGGACAUCCACACCGACCUCAGCAGGGACGAGAUCUACCAGCUGUUUCUGAAAGAGAGCCGGCGGCCUGUGAAGGACUGUUUUCUGGCCGUCUUGUCGUCUCACGGGGAAGACGGCUGUGUGUUUGGAGCAGAUGGGAAACCCGUCCAACUGUCUCGAAUCUUCACAUAUUUUAACAACAAAUAUAUGGAGAAAAAGGCCAAAGUGUUCCUCAUACAGCAGGCGUGUCGAGGAGCUGGUCUGGAUGAUGGUGUGGAGGUGGAUUCAGCUGGUGACACCAGAGAGUGCAGCAUUUCACAGCAUCUCUCUGUUCCCGUGGAUACAGCUGUGAUGUAUGCAACACCACCAGGAUAUGGAGCUUUCAUGCACCCUCUAGGAUCAGUCUUCCUCCAGACUUUCUGCACUUUAUUAAAGCAGGAAGACAAUCGUAACCUUGAGCUGACCCGCCUGAUGACCCGCCUCUCCCACACUGUGGCCUACAGCUUCCAGGCCAAAGGUGGCGCGUUGGCUGGGAAGAAGGAGAUGCCGUGCUUCCUGACCCGAUUGACCAGAGAAGUGUUCCCGUUUGCUGAGCCGGGGCUCUCGGCCACCUCGCUGGUCGCCACUGACGAGUCAACACCGACUCCUUCUAUCAGUUAGACUGGAGAUCAGUUGCCUAAAAACAGCUGAUGGAAAGUCUGACGUCCUGUAGAAAGUCCAAAGAUAUCAAUCAAGGAUAUGUCUGCUGAAAUAUUCUGCAUAUGCUGGACAGACUCUGGAGUAGAUGUCAAAUAUUUAUAUGUGAAAUAUAUACCUAUGUAUAUAAACUAACAAAGAUUUAUGUUUAUUGUUUGACUUCCGUAUUUCUAUCCAUAUGUACUAAUCAAUUACGUACCGAUCUCCAAACUCUAUCAAAGAUCUUGUGUAGAAACAAUGAACUGCUCUCCUGAGGUAACAAACCAUCAAGUUCCGCUUUCAACACAGUGGAUCAAAGUACUUUCAUUUCAUAUCUAAAAGUCUUUAUUGGUCGUCUCUGACUCGGUUCUCUGGUGGUUCAUCUCCAACCUGUCAGACUGUUUACAGUCUCUCUUGGUAACGCAUCUACUGCCACUAUGAACUCUGGAGUACUUCAAAGCUCGGUCUUCUUCUUUUCUGUAUUAAUAUGCUUCCAGUAGCAGAUUCAUUCACAAUCAAAAGAUCUCAUUCUAUGAAACCACGAUCCCCAACAGACUCCUUUAAAAACCUGAAGGAUAUCAAAUAUAUUUGGGUCACUGGAGACGUCAGUCUUUAGUGACACAUUUGCUAAUAUUCUGUAAAGACUAAUAUAAAUAUUUAGGAGUUCUCUUCAAUUCCAAUGUAACUUUUGAUCAUCAUGUGAAGAUGAAUUUUUUUAAUCAACUUUGGAUGGUUUCAAAAAUUAGAUCACUUCUAUCCUCGGAGAACUUCAUUCAAGCGUUUAUAUUAUGAAGAAUCAACUAUUGUAAUUCACUCUUUACCUUUUUUAAACAAUUAAGCAUGUUCACACCUUCAAGUUUUCUUCCAGGUUAAACUUCAGGAUUUAUCCGGAACAAAUUUAGAUUUUAGAGUUGCUUUCAGUGCAGCAUCACGUCCUCGAAGGACCGAGUUAGGACGACGUCUUCCUUUCGGUUUCUCUUUGGGAAGACGUCUGGAAACCUGACACUCAUCUUCAUCAUCACCACACAGGAAGAACUGCUGAACUCAGUGAAUAUUUAUUAACACAGAAGAGGAACCAGAAAAUAGAUUUACACUCAUUACAACCAGGUGAAAAACAGCUUUUUGAAACAAAUCCCGGUGCCAAACGUCCCGUUACAACAAGUUCAUUCAUAGAAAGUCAUUAGAAAAAGUGACAGUUUGCAAAAA